UUUACGAGAAGAGUAUUUUUUUUCCUCCUCAAUUUAUUUAUUUAUUUAAUGAUCAUCUCUUCGCCUAAAUCUCUGUUUCUUCUGCUCAUAGCUCUUUCAACGCAAACGAAAUAAAUAAAUAAAAUAAUCAAAUUCCGAGACGCACUAAAAUAUUCUAGGGUUUAAUUAAGCUCUCCCUUAUUAUCACUGUUUAAUUUCAAUCGACCCUCGAUUUCUUCUUCAAACUACUGUCUCGGUAAGGGUCACUGGCUGCAAUGCAUCGAGUGCCCAGUGCUGGGAACAAUUCUAAUUCUAGCCGCCCACGUAAAGAAAAGAGGCUGACAUAUGUAUUGAAUGAUUCUGAUGACACAAAGCAUUCUGCUGGCAUAAAUUGUUUGGCUGUGCUAAAGUCAUCUGUCUCUAAUGGGUGCAACUAUCUCUUCACUGGAAGCCGUGAUGGCACUCUUAAGAGAUGGGCACUGGGAGAAGAUGCUGCCACUUGUUCUGCUACAUUUGAGUCACAUGUUGAUUGGGUAAAUGAUACUGUAAUUGCCGGUGAAAAUACACUUGUUUCCUGCUCAUCAGACACCACUUUGAAGACAUGGAAUUGCUUGGCUGAUGGGACUUGUAUCAGGACACUUCGCCAACACUCGGACUAUGUUACAUGUCUAGCUGCAGCUGAAAAAAAUAAAAAUGUGGUUGCCUCCGGGGGGCUUGGGGGGGAGGUUUUUGUAUGGGAUAUUGAAGCUUCAGUCACUCCAGUCUCAAAGUCUAGUGAUUUAAUGGAAGAUGAUUGUUCCAAUGGUAUCAGUGGUUCUUCAAAUUCAUUACCCAUAUCAAGUUUGCGAACAAUUAGCUCGAAUAACGGUCUUACUGCUCACACAACUCAAUGUCAUGGAUAUGUCCCCAUUGCUGCCAAAGGCCAUAAAGAGUCGGUCUAUGCAUUAGCAAUGAAUGAUAGUGGAUCCCUUCUUGUAUCUGGUGGAACUGAGAAGGUUGUGCGUGUUUGGGACCCGAGAACAGGCUCGAAGACUAUGAAGUUGAGAGGGCAUACGGACAAUGUUAGGGCUCUGCUUCUGGAUUCUACUGGCAGGUAUUGUUUAUCGGGCUCCUCUGAUUCCAUGAUCAGACUAUGGGAUCUUGGUCAGCAGCGUUGCGUGCAUUCAUAUGCUGUGCAUACAGAUUCUGUUUGGGCACUUGCAAGCACCCCGACGUUUACUCAUGUUUAUAGUGGUGGUAGUAGAGAUCGUUCUUUAUAUUUGACAGACUUGACAACAAGAGAGAGUCUUUUGCUUUGCACAAAGGAACACCCAAUUUUGCAGUUGGCAUUGCAUGAUGAUAGUAUAUGGGUUGCAACGACAGAUUCUUCAGUUCAUAGAUGGCCUGCUGAAGGACAAAAUCCUCAGAAGGUCUUUCAAAGAGGUGGUUCGUUCUUGGCUGGAAACUUAUCUUUUUCAAGGGCGAGAAUUUCCUUAGAAGGGUCUACCCCUGCUGCAGUUUAUAAAGAACCAAUCUUUUCCAUUCCUGGAACUCCAGCAAUAGUUCAGCAUGAAAUUUUAAAUAACAGAAGGCAUGUAUUGACUAAGGAUACUGCUGGUUCCGUAAAGCUCUGGGAGAUAACCAGGGGUGUUGUGAUCGAGGACUAUGGACAGGUUUCAUUUGACGAGAAAAAAGAGCAGUUGUUUGAGAUGGUAAGCAUUCCGGCAUGGUUCACGGUGGAUACCCGUCUUGGAAGCUUGUCUGUUCAUUUAGACACACCCCAAUGCUUUUCUGCGGAGAUGUAUUCUGCUGAUCUAAACAUAAUUGGCAAGCCUGAGGAUGAUAAGGUUAAUCUAGCUCGUGAAACCCUUAAAGGUCUGUUGGCUCAUUGGCUGACCAAAAGAAGGCAAAGACUUGGUUCCCAGGCUUCAGCUAAUGGAGAUGUUUUAUCAGGAAAAGAUAGUACUGCAAGAAUUCUUGUUCAUCCAAGAAUUGAGGUAGAUGGAAAUGCUGAAAAUGACUCCGUGGUCCACCCUCCUUUUGAGUUUUCCACAGGUUCCCCUCCAUCAAUUAUCACUCAGGGUUCCCAAGGAGGUCCUUGGAGAAAGAAAAUUACUGAAUUGGAUGGAACUGAGGAUGAAAAGGACUUCCCUUGGUGGGUUUUGGAUUGUGUUUUAAACAAUCGGUUACCACCACGAGAAAACACCAAGUGCAGCUUCUACCUUCAUCCAUGUGAAGGUACUGCUGUUCAGAUCCUCACUCAAGGGAAGUUAAGUGCACCUCGUAUAUUGAGAAUACAUAAGGUUGUUAAUUAUGUCAUAGAAAAGAUGGUGCUUGACAAACCAAUUGAUACCGCAAAUACUGGUGGGUCAUUUGUUCCUACACUUGGAGGACAAUUGCAGCAUUCAGCUAUUGGAGAUGGAUCUUUUCGAUCUGGAUUGAAACCUAGGACAAAGCUUCGGCCUUCUGUUGAGAUUUUAUGCAAUAAUCAGGUCUUAUCUCCAGACAUGAGCUUAGCUACUGUGCGGGCUUACAUUUGGAAGAAACCUGAAGACUUGGUACUGAAUUAUAGAGUGGUUCAGGGCAGGUGACUUUAUUGACUUCUGGGAGCGCCAGCAUGUUUGUUUCGGGACAUCGGAGUCAUACUGUUGUAAAGUGUUUGGAAUUGUAUUUUGUUCAUCUGAGGUUGCCUAUAUCAGAAGCAUAUGCUGGAUCCUUGUAUAUUUGGGAAGACUACUGGUUUUCAAGCUGGGGGCAUUCUCCAGUCUUCAUCAAGACGAUCAUCAAUAAUGUUUUCGAAGUCAAUCAGAUGCUAUCGUAAAGUUUUGGUCUCUGUGUCGUGCGUGCUUUCACCGUACAUCUGAGAAAAAGCUGUAGGGUCGAAAUGCAAGCGGCAGAACAAUAUGUAAACUCCGGGGGACAAUCAGCUGAAGGUGAAGUUCGUGCAAAAAGUAGGGUAUAUGAUGUCGAAAGCUCUGUAGGUUUGUACUGUGAGGGAGAUAUAAUAGAAACUAUUGUUACCAAGUGUGUUUCCUUUUUCCUCUUAUUUUUUCACCUGGAAAUAAAAGGACAAUUAAUUUGUGUUA